CACAGCUUCCUAUUACCAUGGAUAAACAAAGCACUGUGGUGUUUCGAAAUGUGGGGCAACUUUACUUCCCCGAAACCAGAGUGGAGUGUCACUAUAGCCUGACCUCUGAGCACAGGUGGAGCAGCAGCGACUGGAUUGGCAUUUUUGAGGUGGGCUGGUCUUCAGUGAAACAGUAUUACACCUACACAUGGGCUCUUGUUCCUGAAGGCUACACUGAGUGCACAGAUGUCAACUCCUGUGCACUUUUCCAUGCCUUCUACCUGCCCCAACCGAGUCCUGUGGAGUAUGAGUUUGUGUAUGUGGAUGAGAAAGGAGAGGUGUGUGCCCGCAGUCGGCCCUUCACUUUCUGUGCUCCAAAGCCACUGGAGGAGCUAGAGACUCUGAAAGAAGAGCGCGAGGAAGAGGAUGGAGAGGAGGAGCUGCUCCUAGUCAUCCCCAGGGCCCAGUUACUUCAGAGUCAGCUGGAGGAGUGCUUACAAAAACAAGUAGGUAUACAGCAUGCUCUGGACGAGGCCAAAAAGGAGAGAGAGCAGGAGAGAGAAAACAGCAAACUAGCAAAGAUGGAGUGGGAGCUUGAAAGGGAAGCUAUGAAGGGGGAGAUCACAGAGCUCAGAGACAACCUGAGACACAACAGUGACACACUGAAGAAGGUAGAGGGUAAACACAAGGACGUGAAAUACAGUCAGGAAAAUCUCACCUAUGUACUGAGUAAACUUAUGGCUGAGAAAGCUGAGAGUGAGCAGCGAGUCAGAGACCUGGAGGAGGACAUGAAGGUCCUGACUGACAGAGACAAAGAGGGAAACAUGGAACUGGAAAGACUCAAGGAAAGAGUGAAAAAAAUGUCCAGUCAAAUGACACAUGACGAGGAGAAGAGAAAGUCUCUGCAGGUGGAAAAUGAGGCAGCUCUGGUGGAGGUCCGAGGUCUGCAGGAGUGUCUGGAGGCUGCAGAGCAUGUAGCUGAGAGCCUGCGCAGGGAGUUGAGGGAGCUUGGCACCCAUCAGGGCCACACCAACACCGAGCUGCACCAAGCCCGGCUGCAGGUGGCCCAGCUCACCCUGCAGCUGUCUGAGGACAACCUGCUGCUCAGGGAGGAGCGCGCCAACUGGGCCCUAGAAAGAGAAGCCUACAAACAUGCAGCAGAGGCUGAUAUAAAGAAAUUACAAGAACUGAGCGGUGAGGUGCAGAGGAAGGAAGAGUGGCUACAGGAGGAAAGGAUAGAGAGGGAGAAACUUGAAGUAGAGCUCACGAGAGAGAGAGAUUGCAAUCGAGUGCAGCUGAGUGAUGCCAAGCAGGAGCUGCAGGAGCUGAAGGCCGGUGUGAGGAGAGCCCAGAGAGAGAGUGAGGAGCAGCAGCUGGACAAACAGGACCUGUUGAAUUACAUCCAUCAGCUGGAGCAGAAGUUGGAGAUUGUACCAGAAAAUAAAUCAAAUGUAGAAAUACCUGCAUGUAUCACUCCUGACUACUCCUCUGAGGACGACGGGGAAUUUUCCUCAGCUCCCCCUGGUUCAGUGUGUUCACCUCUUUUCCUGUCAGCUCACCUGGAACGACCUGACAGAGCUGAGACAAACACUCAGAGCAGAGAGGACACAGCAGCCUCUGACACUCAGGAUGUGAUGAAGAAGGAACGUGAUCCCCGAGCCGGUGAAGGGAGGCAGCUGAUUCUGCCUGAACUCAUCAGCCCCGUCCUGAGUCAACUCGCUCACGCCCCCAUGUGGUAACACAGAGAAGAAUGGAAGAUCAUUGUAAACUUAUGCAAAAGUUCAACUUAUUUUUGAUUAUUAUCAUUUAACUGUUUGUAGCUGUAUAUGUAGAAAAUAAGUUCCUGAACCUCUUACCUAAUGAUACCUGUAUUCAAAGAACACAUGGCACAAUUUGUAGGUCUUAAGUUUGUUUGAAUAGAUAGGUUAACAGUUUGAUUACUGCUGUAUGAGAAGACUUUUAACACUUGCCCGAGGAAACGGUUCAAUGUAUUCUAGACUCUUGAUUUUUAUCUCUACAUUUUGUAUCUUUUUCUGCAGUCUUGUCUUCAACUAUUUGAAGAAAAGUGUCAAAUGAUGCCGCAUAUAGCUUAAAAUGUAUUACAUUACAUCUUGUUUUUGAUCGCACAUCAUCUCAAAAACCUCUGCAUGUGAGUGUGAAUCAUGAAUCUGAGUGAAAAGCGUGGGUGUGUGUAACAGAUGAGUGUUAAAUGUUCUGCUGCUGCUUGUUGAGCACUGUGUCAGACUUGGAGAAUAUAAGAGUCUGUUUAUGUUAUUUUAGUGUAUUGACUGGAGACACUGGUCUCUUUAAUAAUAAACUGUGAUGAUAAAUGUGUGUUGACAUGUGAGAUGUUGAACAUAUGUAGGAUAUGUGCCACCUUUCAAUUAAGAAUUACUAUAAAUUUAAGUUGAAGAGGAUAUAUUAUACCCCUUUUCCCCUUUUCAUGGUGGUCUAAACAUGUGCUGUGCUUGGGUCAAAAUAUAACAUGAAUCGAGCACCAGAGGAGGUUUGUGACCCUGUAUAAACCAGCUUACAAAGUCUUACAAAGAAGUUGUGUUUUCAUGCUAAGAAUCAGUUUGUUAAGAGAUGGCAGAUAAAUCACAAGAGGACACC